GGCGGGGCUGGGAGGGCAAGGGCGGAGCCCGGCCUGGCUAAGCCCCUGCCGCAGUGGCCCGGAGCCCCGGACCCGGUGAAGGUAGCAGCGGCAUCGACAUGGCUUUUGAUUCUGAGGACAAUGUGUACCACAGCUCAAAUGCUAUCUACAGAGCCUCAAGCAGUCCUCAAAAAGCUGACCAGGAAGCCCUGCUGGGGAAACAACUAGACUACCCAGCCCCCGGCCUGCAGAGGCCAGAGGACAGAUUCAAUGGCGCCUACAUCAUCUUCUUCAGCCUGGGGAUUGGGGGCCUACUGCCCUGGAACUUUUUUGUCACUGCCAAGGAGUACUGGGCAUUUAAACUCCGAAACUGCUCCAGCCUGGCCUCGGGGAAGGACUCUGAGGACACAGACAUCCUGAACUACUUUGAGAGCUACCUGGCGGUUGCCUCCACUGUACCCUCUUUGCUGUGCCUUGUGGCCAACUUCCUGCUUGUCAACAGAAUCCAGGUGCAUGUGCGUGUUUUGGCCUCACUGUCGGUCUCACUGGCCAUCUUCGUGGUUAUGAUUGCGCUGGUGAAAGUGGAUACUUCCUCUUGGACCCGAGGCUUCUUCAGUGUUACCAUCGUGUGUAUGGCCAUCGUGAGUGGCUCCUCCACUAUCUUCAAUAGCAGCGUGUAUGGCCUGACAGGCUUGUUCCCCAUGAGGAAUGCCCAGGCAUUGAUAUCAGGAGGAGCCAUGGGAGGGACAGUCAGUGCUGUGGCCUCGCUGGUGGACCUGGCAGCAUCCAGUGACGUGCGGGACAGCGCCCUAGCCUUCUUCCUCACAGCAGCAGUCUUCCUUGGGCUCUGUGUAGGGCUCUUCCUACUGCUGCCCCAGCUGGAGUAUGCCAGGUACUACAUGAGGCCAGUUACCCCUGCCCACGUGUUUUCUGGUGAAGACAACCUAUCACAGGACACUCCCAGCACCUCCUCAGUGGCUCCUGCAUCCAGAGUGGUACACACGCCACCCCUCAGGCCCAUUCUGAAGAAGACGGCUGGCCUUGGGUUCUGUACUGUUUUCCUUUACUUUGUCACUGCCCUCAUCUUUCCUGCCAUCUGCACCAACAUCCAGUCCAUACAUAAGGGCACUGGCUCUCCAUGGACCUCCAAGUUCUUUGUGCCACUCACUGUCUUCCUCCUUUUCAACUUUGCUGACCUCUGUGGCCGACAGGUCACAGCUUGGAUCCAGGUGCCAGGUCCUAGGAGCAAGGUGCUCCCCGGAUUGGCACUCUUGCGUGUCUGCCUCGUGCCCUUCUUCCUGCUCUGUAACUACCAGCCACGCUCACACCUGACUGUGGUGCUUUUCCAGUCUGACAUCUACCCUGUGCUCUUCACCUGCCUCUUGGGGUUCAGCAAUGGCUACCUCAGUACUCUGGUGCUCAUCUAUGGCCCCAAGAUUGUACCCCGGGAGCUGGCUGAGGCCACCAGUGUAGUGAUGACUUUCUAUAUUUCUGUGGGCUUGUUGCUGGGCUCAGCUUGUGCAGCCCUGCUUGAACACUUUAUCUAGGAGGGGGAAGCAGGGAUGUGGGUACUGUGUGAGGCUUGGGCCCUUGGGAGAUGCGCAGGGUGAGCAGUCUCCGAUGCUGUGGGCUGGCCUCUCAUUUGGUGCAGAGCUGAGCCCACUCAGGCUGCCUUUCUCUCAGACUGCUUGGGAGCCACAUCCUAGCAACAUCUUGUGCAGGGAGACAUUCCAGACACAGCCCAGCAUGGUGCCUCAUACCUAUAAUCUCGGCAUUUAAGAGGCUGAGCUGGAGGACUGCUGUGAAUUUGAGGCCAGCCUGGCUGGAUAGUAGAACCUUAUCUCAAAAAAUAAGCUAAAACAAAAACCCUGAGACAUCCCAAACACUUCAAACACUCCAGAGCCCUUUGAAGGGUGUGGUUAUUGGUGGAAUAUAGCUCGACCGAUAGCUUACUUGUUCAGCAUCCUUGAAGGCCUGGCUCCCAUGCACAGCAUAAACUGGACAUGUUUAGUGAAAGCCUGUAAUCCUAUCACUUGAGAGGUAGAAGCAGGAGGAUCAGAAGUUCAAGGUCAUCUUCAGCUACAUAGGGAGUUUGAGGCCAAUCUGGGCUACAAGAGACAGUGUCUCAAAAAAAAGAAAGUACAGUUGUAAAGAUGGGAGUGGUAAUGUUACCUUUAUAGCUAAUAAAUACCCUAUGUCUAACUUGUGUUGUUACAAGGCCAGAACCCAGCCUUUCUAACUGACAGCAAGGUGGGAGAGAAUCUUCAGGGUUCCCUAUUCUGAAAGAGGCUCCUGGAUUUGAGAUCCCCUCUCAAAUGGCCAGUACUCAGAACAGGGCCCAAACGUGCUGAUCCUUCAGCUCUGUGGGUGGGAGGAGGCCAAACAGCUGAAAAGCUCCACAAGGCAGGCUUCCCAAGCCUUCCUACCUAAGGCCUGGGCUCCUGAAGUCUCCCUGUAUCAGGGACUGGAUGUGGUAGGCCUGGUCUUCAGAUGAGGACCAGGUGUCCCAAUGACCCGGGACCUAUUUAGGACAGGGGGAAGUCUUUUUAACAGUCAUGUUUACAGCCUGUUGGAACGCUUGGUUCAAGGGCAUAAUAAAUACUGGGGUUCUCAGUGUGAACUUUGUUGGUGUUUCCAUCAAUUGAGGUCUUAGCAAGAGGCAAUAUGUUAAGACUGGGUGAUUUGGAGGGAUGUAGGGACAGGUACAAGAGACCCUAGGGCUUGGGGUGUGGCACCUUUCCUUGUUGCUGUAACAAAAUACCUGACUAACACAGCUUAAGGAAGGAAAGGUUUCUUCUGGCUUACAGUCUAAGAGGGGUCACCGCCCUCUGUUGCCGAGGUGGGAAAGGCACAGCAGUGGAUGUGAAAGUGGCUGAUCACAGUGUAUACCCAGUUGAGGAUCUCAGUCCAUGGGACGGUGCUGUGCUGCCCACAUUCACAUGGGUCUUCCUCUCUCAGCUAUCAUUCUCUGGAAACAUCCGAGCAGACAAGCAGGUUUCCAUGGUGAUUCUAAAUCCAGUCUCAUAGACAAUGGAGAUUAACCAUCAUACUAUUCAGAAACCGGUAAGACUGAGGCCCUUCCACGCUUAGCCCGAAGAGGGAGAUCAGCAAGCCUUUCUAGAGUGUAUACAUGUGACCUUAUUUGGGGUGAGCAGGGGCAGGUCUAGACAGCAGUGACCUCAGAAGAGAGGCAGAGACUUCCUCCUCCACCCACUCACCCUCCAUUUGCCACUGAGGAUUAUACAGCCCCCAGGAAGGGAGGAAGCAGGUAAGCUGAGGGUGAGGUGUUAUUCAGCAGGGCUAGCUGUCACCUCUGUGGUCAUAGGUUUCCAGAUGUCAGGGCAGUGCUGGCACUUGCUUUGCAAUUUGGGGUGGCUUUGUUCUGCUUCCGUUCCCAACAGUUGUAAUUGUAAUUAUUUCAGAAACUCCAUUGCCCCACCCAGUACGCCACGGCCCCUCAUACAUAUGUGUGACACAGAUACCAAGUUCACAAAAGCUUCUGAGAGAUUAUUCUUCUGGGAGAAGGACUAGCUUGGGGAUUGAGAAACUUCUCCAGACCCUUCUCAGGAUUCCUGCAAAGAGAGGAGCCCAGCACAUGGCUACCCUCUGAGCCGAGAGCUGGUGGAGGAGCCUGGGCUGGAAGAUCCUGCAGAUGCUGAUUAAGCGAGAGGUGGUGUAAUCUCUCCUGUGGCGUCAGCUUAUGCUCCCUACCCUCAUCUGCUUCACACUCCCGCUCCGGCUGAAGGAUGGGAGAAGACACCCUUGAGAGGUAUUCUAAACUUGAACAUAGUAAAAACAAAACAAACAGACAAAAAGCAAAGGAAAAAAAAUGUAUUAUCAACCCCCAGUGUAAUGCUGUAGAUGGUCUCAGGUGUGUGUCUAGGGGUGACUCAUCCCAGCCUUGGGUGUGCUGUGUGGGCACACAUUUCUUUAAUGUGUCUCAUUAAAGAAAAACAGUUCUCUCUCUCUCUGUGUAUGUGUGUGAGGCAGGGAGUGGUGGACUGCUCUCACAUGCUCUGGUGAAGAGGGGAAGGGGUGGCUCUCCAGGACAAAAGUAGCAUCAGAAUGUACUGGAAGGCGGUAGCAGCUAUGGUUUGGUAGCAUCCAGAGAGAGGGACAAAUCUGAGCUCACCUGGGUUAUAGAGGAGAAGCGCCUGCUCAGCCGCAAGGUUAUCUCCUUUUGACUCACCUGAGUGGUUCUAUUACCAAAGAGCCAUACCUCUCAGAAGGGAGCAGGAAAGGAAAGAACAAUUCCAGGUAGGGGCAGAGACAGGACUUGAGGCUGUGAGCAGCACAUGGAUUUAGUUUGCCCUGCUCCCAGUCUGGAGUUUUCUGAGCUCAGUGACCUUGUGGAGUGCAAGAUCCUUUGCCUUGAGCUGUAAGGCUCAGGGAGGUUAAAUGACCUUCCCAGGGUCACUCAGCUACUAAAUAGCACAGAUAGAAAUCACACCUAGUUCUUCCUAGACUCAUGAAGUUCUUACCCACCCUCCUUCCUUAUUCUGGUUCAGCCUCAAGUUUCCCUGUGGUUCUGGUUUUGUGUUACUAUGAAGCUCAGCUUAGUUUCAGGGUCAAGAUUCUUCUGCCUCAGCUUCCUGAUCACGAGGCUUAACUGCCUGUUUCACCAUGCCUGCCUUUUUCUCCUCGGUUCUUUACGUACGCUGCUCUUUUCUGUUUCCUGCCAUCUGCAUGUAUUGCUCAGAAUCCUGGCCUGGUGCUGGUUAAAUUAAACUGAGAGGUGAGCUGGAUUAGAGCCCUGCUGACCAGGGCCACUUCAAUCCUGCUUCAGCCCAGAGCACAACCUCUUUACUUCUCACUAGGCAAAGGAUCUGGGAUUGCUACGGCCCUGCUCCUUCUGCUCCCAUGUGCCCUUCCUCCCCUUAUACCAGCUAUGGCCAUGACUCCAGCAUGGGCAGUGGGGCAUGGAACACAGUGUGGGUGUCAAUAAGUCUUACUCCCACUGGAAUGCAAGUCAACCUUCCCAUGUCUUGAUUCCUUGUCUUUAAAGGAAGGACAACAGUCAGUCCCAAGACUAUGACAGUUCCUGCUUCCCACCCACACGUGGUGGACAUCCCAGCACACGCUACAGGCACUGUAGGCAGGUACACAGCCCUCUGCUCCCACUUCAGCCUCAGCCACGUGGUAGCUAUAAAAGUAGUCUUGACCUCAGAUAGUGACGACAACCUGGGCUGCCCUGAGCUUGACUCCAAACGGUGGCAGUGAUGCUAUGUCCUCAGCCCGUGGCAAACUUGGUUUUCUUCCACUUCUUGCUGCUUGGUCAGCUUGUUGCAAUGUCCAGCAACUUCCCUCUGAUUGACCAUCCCCUGCCCGGUGCUCAGUACUCACCCUUGCCUUGCUCCAGGCCUUGCUAGCAGCUAUCUAUGCCAAUACCUGCAAUUCUGGGUCUACCUCCCAGACACACCCAGCCCUGAGUCAGGAGAGCUGGGGAUGGAGAGGGAAGACACAGGAGCUGAGUUGCUGCUCACUCUGACCCUCAAAAAGACAAGCUACCUCAUUCAUGAUGCUAAAGCCUAAGCUCGAGAAAUGGUUGCCCCCACCAAGAGCACAGAUAUCCUUAAAAAGAAACCAAACCAAACAACAGCAAACAGGUGUCCCAGCUAGGUCAAGAGCUUGAGCCAUUGUCCAGCCACUGGUGUGGAUUUGCACUCUCUCCUCUUCUGGCCACUUUCCUGUCCCCCUCCUGUUUCUUCAUCUGUCACUGUGAUUGGACACAUUCACAUUGUGCACAGCCUCUUGCACAGCCACUGUGGGGUGAUGGUCACACACAGAACAUGUCAGAAUAGCCCCUGGUCUGUGCUGACUUAUAUAUGGAAACCCUAACCCCAUAUUUAAUGGUAUCAGGAAGUUAGGUCUCUCAAAGGUGAUCUUACAGUGAUGGUUGGGUUCUCAUGAAUGGGGUCAGUGGCCUUAAGAAAGAAGUCCAAGAGAGCUCCCAUCCCUUCCAAUGAGAACCAAGUAAGAAGAUGGUCAUCAAUGAAGUAGAGAGAAGACACCAGGAUUAAAUGUCUCAUGCCUUGGUGUCGGAAUCCCUGGCCUCUGGAACUAUAAGACAUAUCUUUCUUUUGUUUUGAAGGCACUAAGUCCAUGCCAUGGUUUUAUCUUUUUUUUUUUAAUUUAUGUAUUAUUUAUACAGUAUUCUGCCUGCCUGUGUAGACCAGAAGAGGGCACCAGAUCUCAUUAUAGAUGAUUGUGAGCCACCAGGUGGUUACUGGGAAUUGAACUCAGGGCCUCUGGAAGAGCAGAGUGCUCUUAACUGCUGAGCCAUCUCCCCAGCUCCAGUUUGUUUGUUUUUUAUGUGAGGAGGCAGAGACAGAAAUCAGCACAGAGUGCUUUUAUUUUGGGCUCUGGGUUGCUGAGGCACAGCACAAGGGCAAACAAGGACCCGAGGUCAAUAACCCAAGCCUCCCCCAGCACAUUUGUAAUCCAAGCACAAAGGAGGCAGAAACAGGCAGGUCCUUGGGGUUCACAGGCCAACCAACCUACCCUACAUGGCAAGUUCCAGGCCAGUGAAUGACUGUGUCUCUCAAAAGGACAGUGAUGGUAUCUGAGGAAGCUCUGGAGGUUGUGUUCUGCUCCAUGUGCAUACAUGCUCACAGGACCCACACAAGUUUUAUGCACAUACACAUAUACACAGGAACCAGGCUUGGGGUAGAGGCAACAAGGGUUUUGUGAGACAUAGUAGAAAAAUCAUAUAUUGCCACAAACACAUCUUUAAAAGUAAUUCUGGUGAGGGUUGGGGGGGGGGAAGAGAAGGGGGCUAUGUUACAGGAGCCUGAAUAUUAGAGAAUUCCCGUUUGAUAUUGAUGUAGUGAUGAAUAUCACAAAAGGCUAAAACUCAUGGCUGAGGUGGGAGCACACUGCUGAGCAGUGAGGAUAAUGAUGUGGCUCUGAGGUCUAUGAGGCCCAGGGACUAGAAUGUAGUGGUUUGAAUGACAAUGUCCCCCAUAGGUUAAGAUAUUUAAAUACUUGGUCCCCAUUUAGUGUUUCUGUUUGGGAAUGUUUAGGAGGUACGUCCUUGCUGGAGAAAGUAUGCCACUGGAAGCAGAACAUUCUAGAAUCCUGGGCUUCACAUGUCUUUCCUGCCUCAUUCUAAGACCCACAUCUAGGUCUUAAUCUGGGAUUCCUGGGUGGGGUGAGGAACCUCUGUGGUUGUAGGCCACAGUGUAUUUGCCUCCCUUGGGGAUAGGAGUCAGGGUUUUCACCAGAUCAUAGAAGAGUCAGUGAUGGAGGAUGGUGUCAGUGCACCUGGGCUCCAAGCUUGAGUAGCCUAUGCUAUGUACAUGGGAUCCUGCUCAGGAAUGACUUCUUGGGGGCUGGAGAGAUGGCUCAGUGGAUAAGAGCAGCUGGUGCUUGACCUUGGACAAGCCUCUAGCUUUGGUUGCUUGUAUGCCUGUUUCCAUGACUUCCUGUGAAGAUUGAACUGACCCACACGUAGCUGGUCACCCAGGCUAGAGGGUCACUUGCCUUCAUCAGCACUUGUUCUACAAGGAGGAACAAUGAAGACAAGACAGUAAUCCAGGUCUAGAACCUUGGUGGGCAGCUGUCAUCACAGGAGAGCGAGUCUGCUCUCUGCUCUCAGAGAUAGGAGGACGCCCUGUACGGAAGCUAGAGGGUGAAGCAAAUCUCUUCAAGGUUUCAGUUCUGGUCAAACACUGAAAGCCGGUCACAUCCCACACAAUUCAGGAAGCAGCUCUGGCAUAAGGCAGAAGCUAUGCAUCUGAAAGAGCCUGAUAGGUGCCCCUGUGGCAUCUUCCUGUGGCCUUCCAGUCACCUGUCUGGUACAAUGUCUGAGAAACAGAGGAAUUGUCAAUCAUUGAGUCACACUCAGAGCAAGCAUUAGCAUAGAGACUUGAGAGGAGCCAAAGUGGAGACUGAGGCAUGCAUUUUUAUGCAUCAGAGGCAGCUGAGGUUGAAGGGGACCAGAUCGUUGCCAUUUCUACAGCAGCAGGUCUCAUGAGAAUCCUCUGAAACACUUGCUAGGAUGCAGAGGGCUUAAUCCACCCUCAGGGCCCCGUCUCACAGCACAGGUGGGAUGACAAGUUCCCAGGUGUCACUAGUGUUGCCUGUAGGAGGACCACCAUACUCUGAAAGAUGGAUGAGGGGCUGUCAGGAGCUUGCCCCUGGCCCAGGAGGAAGCAAAGACUUCAUCUGCUUCUGUUCUGGCUGAGGGCUCAUCUGGAAAGUCCUUGAAAGAACCCAUGCGCUAUGGGCUCAGCCAGCCUUCUGCAGACGUGCUCACAGACUCUGGGGUGGCCUUUGCCUUUCGAGUGCCAUGUUUGCUCUGCCUCUCCAUGUUCCCUGAUCCACAGCUUUCCUCCUUCAUUGCAUCCUUCCACCUGUUCCCCCCUCACCUGAGACCUGAGGGAGGGGAGUGAGGAAGGGAGGACUGAGGGGCAAGUCUAGAUGCAGAUCUGUGAUCUCACUCCUGGCAGGCAUUGCUGGAACCUGGGUGGGGUGCAGGGCCACCUCUUGCUGCGAGAGGGUCACACCUCCUACCUGCUCCCUGGGGCUCAUUAGCUGCUGAGGUAAGGCUCAGUGUUUCUAGUUUUGCUGAGUCUUUUCUGAGACUCAAAAAGGGAAAUGAGCCAUUGCCACUCAGCAAACACUCUUUGAAACAGAAACUGAACCUUCUGCAGUUUCUAAUAACAUCCCAUGAACUAAAAAUGCAGAAGUCUGGCCUCUCUUCUUCAAAGUCCCCUUUCUGAAAAGAGAUGUCUGGAGCUAGCUUUCUGCUUACCAAGCUCCCAGAGAUGAAAUGGGAAGGGUUAGGUGUCCCCAACUUCAGUGACUGGCCUCUUGGGCUGUGUGAGGAGGUAGGAAAAGUCUCAACUCCUUGUUUUUUUUUUUUGUUUGUUUGUUUUUUUUUUUGUUUGUUUUUUGUUUUUUGUUUUCCCUCACUCCUCACACUUUAUCCUAUUGGGUAAAGGUCAGCAGCCACUGCAGUUCUGGAAAUGUGGGCUAGCUUCAAACUGGGGAACUCUAGAAGAGUCACUGACGUCUCUGUGGAUCUUGGAUUAUUAGUCUCGCAUGCCUUAGAAUUCUGAUCAUGUCAGAACAAACCACAGUUUGUAAGGCUUUCCUAGCUUGGGUUGUGUUCAUGGGGGCCAUGGCUUCAUCAUCAUCACUUUCUCUGGAUUUGGACUCAGCUAGGAGACGCACCUCUGGGCAUGUCUGUGGGGAUGAUUUGAGAAAGGCUUAAGUGAGGAGGGAGGACCCCUCCUGAGUGUGGGCGAUGCCAUCUCCUGUGCCGUAGCCUGGAUAAAAAGGGGAAAGAGAGCUGACUACAGAUGCAGUGUGCUAGCUGCUGCAUACUCUAGCUGCCAUCCCCUCCUCACGGGGAGGGAUUGUAUCUCCUCAAGCCAGAAGCCAACAUCAACACUUGUUCAACUUGCUUUCUUUGUCAAGCAUUUGAUCACAGCAAUAGAAAAAUAAAACUAAAUAAGCCCUUAGAGCCUUUUAUAUCUUGUCCCCUAGACAGAGUUGUAGGACCAAAGGGACCUGAUAGCCUGGAGCCCACACCCCUCUACUUGCUGGAGCAUGCUCUAGGGGCCUGGGAUGCCUGGAUCUCUUGCCAAAGUUGUGAACCUGUGAUGAUGGACAGAGCAGGCCUUGCCCUAUACUUAGGCCCCUAUGGAAGGGCUGUACUGGGCGCACCCCAGGCACACGGGAGAGCCUUGGGAUGGUGGAAUAGGUUGGGACACCAAUGUAUAUACCUAGGGGACCUUCCUAGAGGCAUAGAUGAGCAAAGCUCUGAUGCAUAUAAGGUGGUAUGGGGUUAAGUGAGAGGUCUGUGAUGGACUCACUAAGGUGCAUCCCAUAAUUCUCACUAGUUGCAUGGGCCUAAAAGAAUCACUGGAGAACUGGAAUAUCCAAUGGCCAUACUGGCCGCUAUUUCUCUACAUGGAAAGACAGUUUGUCAUUUUGCCCGAGUGACUGCAGGCAGAGGCUUAAACCCAUAACCAUAGCACAGAGAUGAUGGUUAGUUUUCCAGUGUCUCAAUUCUAAUUACCUGCAGGAGAAACACUUAGCCUCCUGCUCUAGUUUAUCAAACCAUCCUUAAAGCUCCAUGUUCUUCUCUCACUUCUCCGAGGUAGUCUUUCACUGGCUGAUGAUACUGCUAGCUAUUUUCUGGGAUCUGCCUGUCUCUGCCUCCCCAGUGUUGGCACUAUAAACGCACAGACAUGGUACCAGCUUUUUGUUUGUUUCUAGACAGGGUUUCUCUGUGCAGCUCUGGAUGUCCUAGGGUUUGCUCUGUAGACCAGGCUGGCCUUAAACUCAAUGAGAUCAUCUCUGCCUCAGUCUCCUGAGCGCUGGGAGUAAAAGUGUAUGUAACUCAAGUUCUCAUGGUACAAUAAAGCACUUUACUAACUGA